AUGGAACCAACUUCAUUCCAGGGCUCGGACCAUGGCUUCCAAUUGACAGGCCCAAACCCCGACAGGAAAGGUUCCGUCAAAAGGGCGAGACAAAUGUUAGAGGCUGGCAGACGUCCGGAUAUCGCGAUGGCGCCGUCGCAAAGUAUUCAUCCUGGUCCCACCCCCAAGGUCAAGGCAGACCAGUCCCAUAUGACUCAAUGGCCUUUACCGACUGACGCUGGUCAGCAAACGAACGUGUCCGGUACUCAAGCAAGGCUGUUCAUCCCAAAAGGGCUCCCUCCAGAGCGACCACCACGGCCUGAUGCUCCGUCUCCGUCGGUUUAUUCUGAAAGAAGCAUGUCGGACAUAGCACCCAGUCCCCUUCAUCUGGCCCGGCCUAUCCCAUCGUUCUCUCACCCUUUGCCAAAUCCACCACCUCCCCGUCCGCCCUUUAAGGGGCACCUUCCACCUUACGGACCGGAUCGUGCUGCAAAUCCAGCGCCGCGAGUUCCUAUGACGACUGAUGAAUCGUUUAGGCAGUCCACAGCGUCUUCUUUCAUGUCCAUUCCCUCUAUUCCCGACUUUGCUCUUCCCGCCCAACCUGCACCUGCAGAAACAAACCCGGCCCAACGGCAGCACCAGAAACGACUUGCCCCAUCAAAUGCUGCGAGAUUCUCCACAAAGCGUAGGUCGUCGGUCUCUCCGAUUCCGGAAGAACUCUCCGACAGCCCAACCAUCUUGCAGGGAUCAUAUGCAUCGAGCCGAGUCAUUCCGUCUAGCUGGGGCUCUGCACCGGCCGGGUCUGAAAUUCUUGGAGCCUACCUAGACAUCGAAGCGGACGACGAUCAGGAUUCCCCGCCUAGCAUUCACGAAGGAGAUUCGAACCUUGUCAGACAAGCCAGCCUCGGCAAAAGGGGCAAACCGUCACUACGAACGAUCCAGAAACCUAGCAGCCCAUCCCCGGUAUCAAUGGUAGAAGAGCGUUCGGUCAGCGAUGUCGUGCACGCCGGAACUGCUUCGGAGAAGAUCGCAGCAGGGUCAAAGAACGAAAGACAUUCUGUCACUACAAUCUCGACCGAUUCGUCUGUACUCGAUCCGGAGAAACCACCGAUCGUGGUGGACAUCAGCGGCCGACAUCCUGCACUCCAGCACACGGAUGAUGAUAUGGGAUCUCCUCAGAAGGAGUUGGGAAUCCUGCCCAAGGCUGCACCAACCAUGAGCGACAAGAGGCCGGGAGGCCGCAGACCACCUCGCCUGGAUCUCGGGGCUGUCCGAGCGGCAGAAGCCCGAGGCAGUCUCACAAGCUUGCCUGACCUGAUCCGACGGGCCACGAGGCUCGCUACAAAUCUUGAGCACGGAAGGACGGCCAGUAGGAAUGACCUGCUCAAUGAUGGGAGCAGUAGAUUCGCGCAAGGUCACAACGCUCGCCAAUCAGGGUCUAUCAAGGACAUCCUGGCAUCUUUCCCACCUCCAGCAGGAACGCCCGAAGUGCGCUCUUCGUGGCCAGAUUUCUUCCGGAGAACUCCCAUGCAGCAUUUACGAUCGCGUGAAACGUGCCCGGAAACUGACGAGGAGAAAGGCCAGCAGCGCUCGCGCCGUUGCUGUGGCAUGCCGCCGUGGUUGUUCAUACUAGUCUGCUUUUUGAUCAUCUCCGUAAUUCUCGUCGCUGUUCUUGUGCCCGUCUUCCUGGUCGCAGUUCCCCACCACAAGUCCACCCCUAUGUCACAAUGCGAAAAGACUGCGCCCUGUGAAAAUGGCGGUGUUAGCGUCUCGAGCGGGAGUAUUUGCUCGUGCGUCUGCGCCAACGGCUACACAGGUUCGCGCUGCACUGUGGCCGGCGAUGCAAGCUGUGUGACGACCGAGAUCGUUCAGAACUCGACAUCCAAGAAUGCGACCAUGGGCAGCGAUAUUCCACGCUUAUUCGAACAGGCAAGCAGUAAUUUCAGCAUUCCGUUGGACUCGAUGAGCAUCAUGGCGUUGUUCAGCCAAAAUAAUGUCUCCUGCACUACCGAGAAUUCACUCGUCUCUUUCAAAAGCCUCUCCUCGACCUCCAACAAAGCCCGCCGUACUUCUCUGAUCGAGCCGGUCGCCGACUGGUUGAUGUCCGAAGAAUUCGCUCCCCCCGUCAAGGAAACUGCACCGAGUUCCACAAUAAGGGAUAUUCCGACGCAGACCUUAGCUGCUCGCGGCUCUGUGGGCACCAAGAACGGUAUCAUCUUCGAUGAAUCGUACACCAGCACCGCUGUAGCAACCACGGCAACCCCAUCCUCUGUCACAUUCACUGAGCAGACCACCAAGGAAACGACCCCGCCCGAACCCACGUCCACGCCGACCCCUCCCGCCAUCCCGGCAAAGGUGCUCGACUUCUCGCGCAUUGCCGUACUGUACAUAUUCGAAAAGACCGCUGCGUUCACCGCGGCGAUGCAAUCCGAAGGCAAUAUCGAGAUGUUCCUAGCGCACUCGUACUCGACCUCGCAGAAGGGCACGUUUGACGUCGAUCUCUCGGCUUCCGGCAUCAAGGGAAAUUUUACGCUCAACUUUGAUGAGUUCACUAUUACUAUGCCUAAUGGGACUGUCGUUGGUGGUAAUUGA